UCGCUUGGCAUCAGUCUGUGUUGAAAUAACGUGAAAGAAAGUACCGUCGAUCGAAAUUUGAUACAAGUGAAUCGUUCAAAAUGAAAGCAUUUAUUGUGGUAUCGUGUUUGAUUUUGGCUGUGACAGCCAAACCUCAAGGAUAUACCUAUGAAAAACCAAAUCAUGAUGGAUUAAGUGUUACUCUUUUAUUGCCACAAUCACAAAAUCAACAUGUUCCAUCAUCAUUUCCUGCAUUAUCUACCACACAAUAUAGUAGCGGCCACUCGGUAUCUCAAGGAUAUGCACCAGUCGCUUCACAUCAGUCGUUGGGUGUAAAUUCACACAGUGCUGGGGGUUCAUUGUCGUUGGGUUCAUCCUACUCUGUCAGCCCAACAGUAAAUACAUUUAGCCCACUUUCAUUUGGCGGCGGCUCAUACAGUCCAAGCGUGCAAAGCAGCAAUUCAUUUGGUUCAGGGGUGUCGAGCUCAUACAGCUCAGGUGUGCAAAGCAGCAAUUCAUUUGGCUCAGGUGUGUCGAGCUCAUUUGGUUCCGGUUCAUCGAGUGGAAAUUCUUUUGGAUCAGGAGUAUCACACGGUAGUGGCAGCAGUUUCUCCGGAGUAUUAGCAGCACCUGCUCCAAGUUUCGUACCAUCACCGGUUGCUCCAGUCGCUCAAGUAGCUCCAGUCGCUUCAUUCGCUCCUGUCGCAAACACAUUAGUUCAAAAGCACAUUUAUGUACAUGUACCACCACCAGAUGACGAAGAAUUGAAUGCCAAAAACAAUGCAGUCGCUCCAGUUCAAGCACAAAAGCACUACAAAAUUAUCUUCAUCAAAGCACCAUCAGGCCCAUCGGUUGCACAACAAUUGGCUCAAGCACAACUCGCCCAACAACAAUCGGAAGAAAAAACUUUGGUUUAUGUGCUCGUUAAGAAACCAGAAUCACUUGAAGAAUUACAAAAUACCAUCGCAAGAACUCCAGUUCAACAACCAAGCAAACCAGAGGUUUACUUUAUCAAAUACAAGGCCCAACAAGAGCAAUCUUCUCUUCCAGUUCAGUCUGGUUCAGCAGAAGCAUCACUGCCAAUUUCACCAGCUUAUUCAGCUCCAUCAUUCGUCCCAUUAGCACCAUCAGCAACCGCACAAACCUUGGAACUACCUCAAUCGAGCAGUUUUAGUUCAACUUCGUCGGAGUUUGCAAGCAGUGCUGUUGAUUCAACCGCUUCCACCUUCGCGUCAUCAUCAUCAGUCGAUGACUCCUCUUCAAAAUCAUCACUUGCAUCCAUAUCGAUCAUUCGAAGGAGUUGUGUGUUUGAAUUCAAAUUAUUAAUAACCAUUAAAAUGAAGUUGUUUGUUGUUUUAUCGUGCAUUGCUUUGGCUGUAGCCAAACCACAAGGAUACUCAUACAACCAACCAUCAAGUGGAAUCUCCGUGAGCUCUGGUUCUGCUCCUUCGUACUCGACCGCCGGAUCGUCUGGCUCAUUCUCUGGCUUAAGCGGAUUAUCAAGCGCCACAUACUCUGCACCAGCUCCACAAUACUCUGCACCAGCUCAACAAGCUACAUUCUCUGCUGCACCAGCUCAACAAGCCACAUACUCUGCACCAGCUCCACAAGCCACAUACUCUGCACCAGCUCAACAAGCCACAUACUCUGCACCAGCUCAACAAGCCACAUACUCUGCACCAGCUCAACAAGCCACAUACUCUGCACCAGCUCAACAAGCCACAUUCUCUGCUGCACCAGCUGCCUCACAAGCCACAUUCGGUUCAGAAUUAUCGAGCGGUAGCUCAUCAUUCUCUGGUUUGUCAAGCGGUAGCUCAUCAUUCUCUGGUUUGUCAAGCGGACUUUCUGGAUUGUCAAGCUCAACAUUCGGUGCAUCUGCUGCCCCAGCUGCCCCACAAGCAGAAACAAUUGCUGUCCACAAACACAUCUAUGUUCAUGUUCCACCACCACAAGAAGAAGACUUUGCCGCCGAACCACGUUCCGUCGCCCCUGUUCAAGCCCAAAAACACUACAAAAUUAUCUUCAUUAAGGCUCCAUCAGCACCAUCAGUCAACGUAGCACAACUUCAACAAUUGACUCAACCAAAAACCGAAGAAAAGACUAUCGUAUAUGUUCUCUCAAAGAAACAACAAUCGCUUUCUGAAGUUGCACAAAACAUUCAACCAGCUCCAACAACCCCAAGCAAACCAGAGGUUUACUUCAUCAAAUACAAGACUCAAAAAGAACAAGCCGUCGCAGCCGCCCCUGCUGCCGCAUCAGCCACCUCUGCUGAAUCAUCAUUCUCUGGUUUGUCAGCUGGCUCAAGCGGAUUUUCUGGAUUGUCCAGCGGUAGCUCAACAUUCGGUUCAUCAAGUGGAUUGUCCAGCGGUAGCUCAACAUUCGGUUCAUCAAGUGGAUUGUCCAGCGGUAGCUCAACAUUCGGUUCAUCAAGCGGUAGCUCAACAUUUGGUUCAUCAAGCGGUAGCUCAACCUUCGGUUCAUCCUUGUCCAGCGGUAGCUCAACAUUCGGUUCAUCAUCACCAGCAUUUUCUUCAUCGGUCGAUACUGAAUCAGUCGAAGUAUCUGCCCCAUCCGCACCAGUUUCAGCACCAAUUUCAGCACCAGCUGCUGCUUCUUCACAAUACUUGCCACCUCAACCUGCCCAUCAACCUGCACAAACCUAUGGCCCAGCUCACUAAAUGAUUUGAAUUCGACUUUUGCCAUUCGACUUGAAUAUUAUCGUUAAUGACUUGCAUAGCUUAAGAUCGUUAUUCUAAAAUAAUUAAAUUAAAAAAAUAAAUAUUACGGUGACAAAAUUAA